AUGACAAUGACAGACGACAGCCCACAAUUCUCCCAAGACUUUACACGUCUCAAGCAUAUCACAUACUUUAAAACCAAUCUCUCUUUUCUUCCAAAUGCAUACACCACGACAGAAACCAAUAGGCAUGCAAUGACACUCGGUUUCUUUUGUCUCAAUGCCUUGGAUUUACUUGGAGCACUUGAUGAGUCAGUUUCAGAGCAGAAUAAAAAAGACUGGAUUGAAUGGAUUUAUGCUCAACAGUUAUUGCCUGAAACAGAUGAUGAGAAAGAUCCCAAUCUUGAUUAUUGUGGAUUCAGAGGAUCAUCAUCUUCAGGAAGACCUUUUGAUCCUACUGCAACUCAUACUUGUUACCAGCCUUAUGACUCUGCUCAUAUUGCAAAUACCUACACUGCUCUCUUGAACCUAUUGAUUCUUGGGGAUGAUUUGUCUCGUGUCAACAUAAAGGCUAUUACUCGUGCAAUCCGAAGCCUACAACAAGACGAUGGAAGUAUUGCACCAACAGAAGGUAGUUAUGAAAGAGAUGUCCGUUUCAUUUAUUGUGCCACUGCUAUCUGCUACAUUCUCGAUGACUGGAGUGGACUCGACAUGGAAAAAACGUUAAAGUAUAUUCAAAAUCUACAGUCAUAUGAACAUGCCAUAGGUCAAAGUCCAGGACAAGAAUCUCAUGGUGGAUCCACAUUCUGUGGUGUAGGCGCAUUGGAAUUAAUGGGGAAAAAAGAUGAAGGCAUAUCGAACAAAGAGAAAUUAAUAAAAUGGUGCCUAUUGAGACAAUCUACUGGGUUUGAAGGAAGACCAAACAAGAAUACCGAUACAUGCUACUGUUUCUGGAUUGGUGCAGCUUUAAAGAUACUUGGUGUAUACGACCUAGUAAACCAUGACAACUGUCGUGGAUAUCUCAUGACAACUCAAUCAAAGUAUGGAGGCUUUGGAAAAGAGCCUGACGCAUUUCCUGAUGUCAUGCACUCGUAUAUGGGAAUUGCCGCCCUGUCGUUGUUAAAGGAGCCUGGGAUAAAACCUAUUGACGCAGCACUGAAUGUGUCAGCAGAAUUGGUAGAAAAAUUGAAAAAGAACAAAUAACUAUUAAGCAGAUUUGUAAAAAGUAAAAGAAUAAGAAUAAGAAAACAAAUGGCUAAUGAAGAUAAUCAAUAAGUCUACGUACUGGUGCAAUAUGUACUAAAACUCUCCUCUUGUAUGCGAGCGUGGUGUCUUGUAAGCUAUGUUUUGCUUACAAUGUAAAAAUAAAAGUUAUUAUUAUUUAUAUUCUU